GCUGUCUACGGGUCUGCCAAGCUAAGCCUCGCUUUAGUUUUAGUAUGAAUUACGUUUAGUUUUGAGCUAAUUAGUGUGGUUUAAAGCGCACAAAUUAGACUGCUAGUGUUCCUUUUCCCCUUAUUUCGGCGAAUUUGAAGUUAUGUUAAUGUACACGGGUACUUGUCUUCAUAGGCCAGGACAUUUAGCAGCCAGCUCGGGCUAGCUUUGUGCUAGUUACGCCAACUUACUUGCAUUGCAACCACGUUCACCACACUUAAUCAAAUUUAGUUGUUUAUAACGACAUAAAGACGCCACAGAGAGCUUCGGAGAAUGCUUGCAACGGGAGCGGCUGUAUCUAAUGUCACAGCCCUGGCUCAAGUAGACCGGGAAAAGAUCUACCAGUGGAUCAAUGAGUUGUCCAGCCCAGAGACCAGAGAGAAUGCCCUGCUGGAGCUCAGCAAGAAACGCGAAUCUGUGCCAGACCUGGCACCGAUGCUUUGGCAUUCCUGUGGCACUAUCGCUGCUCUCCUGCAGGAAAUAGUGAACAUCUAUCCAUCCAUUAACCCACCGACACUCACAGCACAUCAGUCUAACCGAGUGUGCAACGCCUUGGCACUCCUGCAGUGUGUUGCCUCACACCCAGAGACACGGUCGGCUUUCCUUGCAGCCCACAUUCCCCUUUUCCUUUAUCCCUUUUUGCACACUGUGAGCAAAACGCGCCCAUUCGAGUACCUGCGCCUCACCAGCCUUGGAGUCAUAGGUAUGCUCUCCUCUCAUUGUAUUAUGAAAAGAGUUUUUAUCAUUCAAAGUGUGUGUGUACAGGUAUUAAGAUGUCUGUUUGUACUUAAUGCAGGUGCCUUGGUCAAAACGGAUGAACAAGAAGUGAUUAACUUUCUUCUCACAACUGAAAUCAUCCCGCUUUGUCUUCGCAUUAUGGAAUCAGGAAGUGAGCUCUCUAAGACGGUUGCUACCUUCAUACUGCAGAAGAUACUGCUUGAUGACACAGGGCUGGCUUACAUAUGCCAGACUUAUGAGCGUUUCUCCCAUGUGGCAAUGAUCCUUGGUAAAAUGGUGCUGCAGCUCUCCAAAGAACCAUCAGCUCGGCUGCUGAAGCACGUCGUCCGCUGCUACCUUCGCCUUUCAGAUAAUCUCAGAGCCAGAGAGGCACUCCGUCAGUGUCUACCCGACCAGCUGAAGGACAGCACCUUCGCCCAGGUGCUGAAGGACGACACCACCACCAAACGCUGGCUGGCUCAGCUGGUCAAAAACCUGCAGGAGGGCCAAGUGACCGAUGCCCGGGGCAUCCCACUGGCCCCGCAGUGAAGAAUUCACAGGAGACACAAACGGACUUGAAUUUGUAUUCUGUCACAUGUGGUGCUAAGACUGAAAAGUAAACAACAUGAUGGAAGAAGA